GAGGAGUUUAACCCCACAUUGUCUGGGAGGAGUCCGCAGUCUCUUGGCGCUCCGUCCCGGGAUCGUUUGCUCGGGAUAUUUUUUAGUGGAACUAGACUCUUUUGUACAAUUAAAAAGCCUGCCUUAUGGCAACAUUAGUUUGGUUUAUUUAGUCGCGAAGCGCCGACAGGACCAGAAACACGUGAAUGCAGCGGCAGGUGGAGGAGACGUGAACCGGUGAGCCACACAACCAAGGAAUGAGUUUAUUUUGGGAAAUGAGGCUCACGUAACAUCUUCAUUCUGAAACGAGGGUUUUUAAGAGAGUCAAGGAUGGGGAAUUCAGAGAGCCAGUACAGGAUUGAUGGUCCAAAAGGCACAAGCUUCAUCUUCCCAAGGAAACAAAAGCCGUAUUCACUGAAACUCGGCUCAACCAAAGAUGACGUUCUUUCCCCACACACGUGGUGGAAAAACGCCCCACUCGGCUCAGGGUACAAGGCAAGGUGUGUUGGUCACGGCUGUUUGUCACCUCCUAAAAGCAGACAGCCUUACGCUGCCCAACGCUGUGACUAUGUCUGCAAAGGAGCGAGCGGCAGCACUGAACAUCACUGGCGUCGCUCCCCUGGAUGUGGCCUACGGAGACGGCAUUUGUCCGAUGAUUACGAAGAGAAUCCCUACGGGGCCGAGCUCAACCGGCACUCUCUGCAUGGACACGGUGACAAGGAGGAGGACAUAGAGGAACAGAGCAGUCCGAGAGUGGUGAUCAAGAAAGACGGUACUCUCAGGGUGGAGUUCACAAACAACUCAGGAAACUCCUUACUCCUGGAUGACGCCUCCGGCCCAGUCCAGCUGCUCAAGUUCUCUCCGAAUUUGGAGGCCACAUCCACUCCGAGCCUGCCUGGUUCCAGUGGCAGUAGGCAGGAUGUCCAUCGGAGUGGCCCACCACCAGCAUCUACCUCCUCCACUGCCAGGACCAGCAAGGGAAGCUCGCUGAGCUCUGAAGGCUCCUGGUACGAUUCUCCGUGGGGCCCCAGCACAGAGCUCUGUGAUCAGGAGCAGCCUUGCACUGCCAGCAGGACAUUAGAGCAUUCCCCCAUACAUCAGGAUGACUCCUUUGCAGAACAUCCUGCCCCUCCAUCUAGUACAGACCUUUACAGGAACUCAACGAUAGCUGCUACUUUUCCUACAACCGGUGACCUGUCCUCUCAGCUGCAGCAGCCCCUGUCGGGCCGGAGGCCGCACCGGGCCUCUCUUGCGUCUGUGCUGGACGUUCCUUUGGUGGAAGAAUGCACUGAACCACGGCAGUAUUCAUCACUCACUUUGCCUUGUCGCAGGCCCAAAGCCCAUACCAUCGGUUCAAAUAUUGAGCAGUACCAAGAUCAGGCACAGCAGCAGGAGCAGAGGGGGCAUGACUUCAUUUUCAGUAAGAAAGACUCCAUUAAAAACCGUAUGAGACGCUUCAGUGAUUGGACAGGCAGCCUCAGCCGGAAGAAGAAAAAGUCUCAGGAGACCAGAUACAAAGAGGCGAGUGAGGCCUUCGACAGUGGCGUCGAUGGCCUGACUGCCGACACCAGCUCCCCCUCCCAGGUGUCCAGCCUACUGUGGUUCCCCGGAGCCUCCAGAGCGCAGUCGUCAGGGGCCAUUCACCAAACAACCAGCGACGCUGUCCGCCAGAACAUCUACGAGAACUUUAUGAGGGAGCUGGAGACGGGGACCGGAACGGGAGGCGGCGACAGGAGAGACCCGUCGACUGGAACGGAAGAAGACGGGAGCAGCAGCGAAUCGGCCGAGGGCUCCAUGGAGGAGCUGGACCUGCUGUUUGCCAAGGAGCAGGGGGUGGUGAGGCGGGCGGGGUGGCUCUCUUUCAAACCCCUCAUCACCCUGCACAAGGACAGGAAGCUGGAGCUGGUGACCCGCCGCAAGUGGAAGCACUACUGGGUGACUCUGAAAGGAUGCACGUUGUUGUUCUACGAAACCUACGGGAAGGGCUCAACGGAGCAGGAGCUGUCACCCCGCUACGCCCUCCUAGCCGAGGACAGCGUUGUGCAGGCUGUCCCAGAACACCCCAAGAGGGAGAACGUCUUCUGUUUGAGUAAUUCAUACGGCGACGUCUACCUCUUCCAGGCCAGCAACCAGACUGAUCUGGAGAACUGGGUGACGGCCAUCCACUCAGCCAGCGCCUCGCUGCUCGCCAAGCGGCAGGGAAAGGAGGACACGGUGCGUCUGCUGCGGAACCAGUCCCGCACGCUGCUGCAGAAGAUAGACAUGGAUGGGAAGAUGAAGAAGAUGGCCGAGCUCCAGCUGACGGUAGUCAGCGACCCCAAAAACCGCAAAGCUAUCGAGAACCAGAUCCAGCAGUGGGAGCAGAACCUGGAGAGGUUCAACAUGGACCUCUUCAGGAUGCGUUGCUACCUUGCCAGUCUUCAGGGGGGAGAGCUGCCCAAUCCCAAGAGCCUGCUUGCCAUCGCCAGCCGCCCGACCAAAUCCUCUCUGGGGCGCCUCGGAGUUUUCUCUGUGUCUUCUUUUCACGCACUGAUCUGCUCCAGGGACGAGGCCACAGUCAGGAGGCGUUCGUUGUCGGUGACCUGCAGACAGCGAAAGAGAAGCCUCUUGUCCUCUCUGAAAGGCCUCGACAACCUGACGAAGAGGGGCCGGGACAAGAGGCCCUCUGUAGCGCAGAUCUUUGAGAGCGACGCUGGAGGUCAGACGUACAGCCUGCCUCCCAGAAGUACCGAGAGGCUCAACAUGUUGACCAGCAUCUACUCCAUGUCGCCACCCAAUGGGGGCAUUUGGGACAGCACCGACGGCGCCUCAGACGCGCUGACAUGUGUCCGCAUGCCAGACGGCCUGACAGUCCAAGUUCCCGUCAGAAAACACCAGACGGCCUCCGACCUUCUCUGUGCAGCCUGCAAGGUGAAACGGCUGGACCCAGGUUUGCAUUGCGUCCGACUGCACAGACAAGCAGGGCAGGAUGUGGAGGUUCGAUACCUCGGCCCGGGCGAGCUUCUCCACGAUGUGGCCUGGGAUCAGCUGGAGGUAGUGUCUGCUAAUGUGUUCACGCUGCACAUGAGAAGGCCGAGCAGCACCGCAGACUUUGGCUUUGCCAUAACGGGACACGUCGACAGCCAGAAGAACAGCAGGAUUUUUGUGAGCCAAGUGCUCCCCGACGGGCUGGCUUUCAGCGAAGGUCUGCAUCCAGGCGACGAGAUCCUGGUGCUGAACGGCCGAUGCGUGUCCGCUCUGGACCUGGCUUUGAUCCAGACUCUGUUUGCUGAGCGAACCCUGCACCUGAAGCUUAGGCGGGAUGGCCCGGCGCCGCCGGCUCUGGUGUUGGACAGCCCUGACCCUCCGUGCAAACGGAGCCAAGAGCUCCACAGCAAACACCACCGAGCCAAGUCCUCGUCAGAUGUGUGCACUGCAGCCAACGAUGGAGAAUCCCUGCGCGUAGGCCCGGAGAAUGAUCACUCCCGCUGUGCCCACAGGCUCGUUCAGCACAGCAAGAGCGUGGACACGGUGUGCACCAUCUUCAGCUCCUUCCAGGAGGGCUCAGAGGCGGCGGGCGUGAUGGAUGAUGCGAAGGAGACACAGGGAGGCGAGUCGGGAUCGAGUUCGGGCAGAGAGGCCACGCUGCUCAGGCCUUGCCCCAAGCACAUGAGCGUCACCGAGAGGCUGCGCAAGGUCAUCCAGGAGCUGGUGGACACCGAGAAGUCCUACGUGAAGGACCUGGGCUGCUUGUUUGAGAUCUACCUUAAACCCCUGCAGAAUGAAACCUUCCUCUCACACGAUGAGAUGGAGAGUUUGUUUGGCAGCCUCCCUGAAAUGCUGGACUUCCAGAGGGUCUUCCUACAGACCCUGGAGGAGAGGAUUGCCUCCAAGCCCGACUUCAGCACCCUGGAGACCCCCUCGCAGUUUAAGAAGCUUCUGUUUUCUCUCGGGGGUUCGUUCCUCUACUAUGCGGACCACUUCAAGCUCUACAGCGGCUUCUGCGCAAACCACAUCAAAGUCCAGCAGGUCUUAAAGAGAGCAAAGACGGAUCAGGCCUUUAAACAAUUCCUGGACGCAAGGAACCCCACUAAGCAGCACUCGUCCACCCUGGAGUCGUACUUGAUUAAACCAGUGCAGAGGGUGCUUAAGUACCCCCUGCUGCUCAGAGAGCUGGUCUCCCUCACCGACGCCGACAGCGAGGAGCACUACCACCUAGGCUCUGAAGGCCAUGGAGAAGGUGGCGAGCCACAUCAACGAGAUGCAGAAGAUCUACGAGGAUUUCGGCUCCGUGUUCGACCAGCUGGUGGCGGAGCAGACGGGCCACGAUAAAGAGGUCACAGAGAUUUCCAUGGGCGAGUUUCUCAUGCAUUCCUCAGCGGUCUGGCUCAACCCUCACCCGUCGCUGGGCCGCAUGAGAAAAGAUCCCGAAAUGACCGUAUUCGUCUUCAAGAAAGCAGUGAUAUUGGUCUACAGGGAAAACUACAAGCUGAAGAAGAAAAUGACGACACCUCGUUCGGCACAUUGUCAUGGAGAUUCAGACCUGUUUAAGUUUCGGUGGCUCAUCCCGCUCUCUGCACUGCAGGUCAGGCUGGGGAACACUGCAGGAACAGGGACGGAAAGCAGCUGCAUUUGGGAGCUGAUUCACUCCAGGUCUGAAGUGGAAGGGAGACCGGAGACGGUCUUCCAACUGUGCAGCAGCGUGCCGGAGAACAAGGUCAACAUCAUCAAGGUCAUCCGCUCCAUCCUGAGGGAGAACGUGAGGAGGAACAUGAGGAGUGAGGGAACGUUGGAGAAGAGCUGUAAGGAGCGCCUGGUCCCUCUGUGCAAAACGUUGCCUUCCUCCGCCAAGCUAGGAUCCUCCAGGGCUUCCUGGUUGUGCAAGCAGCCGCUUGAGGUCUCCUUCGAGGCUGGGAAUCCUAAGCCGGGGCCGGACUCGGACGAUGGAAGCCUGAGCAGUGGAACCUGCAGUUUCUCUGGGGCUCCUCCGGCCUGCGCCUCCUCUGACUCUCGGCCCCGAGAGUCCGACCCACAGCCUCGCUCCGCCGCCGUGAAGGAGUCGGACAUUUUGAGCGACGAGGACGACGACGGCUUCAGCGAGGGGGGCACGAGGAGGGACAGCGGGGACAGCGGCUCCCCGGCAAGUGCCAUCGAAGCUCAGUUCCUGCAUCUCAAGCUGUCGGAGGACGCCGUGUCGAAAUGCAGCCUGGCACCCUGUGUCCAACCGGAGGGGAUCGGGGACACCCCUGAGAUCCAGCACAGGCUACUGCAGAGACACUUCGGCGGGGUUAAGAGAAAAACCAACAGCUUGAGGAAGAACGCGGGAGCGCUGCUGCACAUGAAGGAGCAGAACAGGUCACUGGACAGUCAGACUGAUCCAGCGUCACCGUGUGGCGUUGUGGACCUCAACACUCUGCUGGAAAGAGAGUUCAGCGUCCAAAGCCUGACAUCUGUAGUGAACGAAGACUGUUUCUUUGAGCGACCCGAUAGCUGUGCCGCGGACUCUGGAAACACCAUGUCUACCUAGAGUCCGACACGGACGGGAUAGAAAACAACCAGUGUCUGACCUACAGAGGGGGGGGCUGUCCAGAGUCCCUAGCAUUACCAGCGGGGAAAUCCCUGUGGCUUACAGCAGUCACUUCCAGGAAGGGUGUGAAGCUUUGCCUGAACCCAGAAGUCUGUAAGUCUGACGCCCUGCCGCAGAAGGUGAGGCGUAAACGAUCUCUGGGCUGGCAGACCUGGGUUUUCCUCCUGAAGCGGUGAGGCUAAAGUAUAUCCGCUGCACCGGCGACUGCAACAAACCUGCCAAGCACUGAUGUCCAUGCGCAAGCGUUUUAGACUUUCUCAGCUUUGCCUUUUUAUUCCCCCUCCCCCCUGCAAACCAUCUAAAAGACGUAUUACAUUCCCCCCCCCACAUCUCAGGCUGAUUGGCAGGUUUGAUUUGAUUUUUGACCUCUUCUGUGAAAAAAAACUGGGGAGGAUGUCCUCGACUGUCAGUCACAGAGAAGUGCUGACAGAGAGGCUGAAACUCCACCGUGUAUACAUAGUGACAGGGUAUGGAGAACGAAUCAGGUUUCCUAUGCAGGCACUGUAAUUAUUCAGACAGGAGGUUUCCACAUGAGUUCAUAUCGCCUGACGCAUUUACUGUAACGUAACCAAACUCUGUAGAUCACAGGAGCAAAUUUACUUUAGGUGAUCAUAGACCUUAUGAGCUGCACAGGUCAAACCUUUUUGGCCCAUAUACAAAAAAAACAACAACCUGCAAACCAAUCUACACAACUAAGCCCUCUUGCUGUAUUUCAUGCACUAAAGUACACUGUUUGCCUAUAUAUUUGAAUAAUUUUUUUUUUAAAAACUGUACAGGUUCUAAUGUUAUUACUGCUGUUUUUAAGUUAUUUCUAGGAUUAUCUUCUUGGCCGAGAAGCUUUUUGGUGAAGGCUUGAACUCUUUGCUAUAGAUAUUUGGUCAACGCAGGACUUGAAAAGACGCUAGUUUGCCGUUUCCUGACUUCAUUUUUAAUGCAGCAGUUUGGGUUUGGUUGAGUCACUGAAGACGGUUGGAGUUAACCGGCAAUAAUGUUUGAAUUCCCACGUCUAUCAUGUUUGUAAUAUUUUCUAAUAGUUCUGCAUACGGCAUUUGUGACACUGUACAGUUAAAAAAACUAUGGCAGGAAUUUGCAAUAAAGUUUCAGAUAUUUUUGUAGACAGUUUUGCCAUGGAAUGAUGUACAUUUUGGGGUACUAUUAAAAAGAAAAGGCAAACCACUCUUCACCAUGCCUUUUGAUGCUAGUAUACCAAUGAAUGUGAACGCUCUAUUCUUAUGGAAAUGUUUUAUAAAUAAAAGCUUCGUCUGUGAAUGACA